AAUAUAGAAUGUGAUAAGAUUACAACUGCUUUUAAUCAGGUGUAGGUAACAGAUAAGCAUCACUCUUUUGGAAAAUUCAGUAGUAUCAGGUUCAGAGAUGCCAGCUUAUAGGUGGGUUAAUCGAAGCGCAGGGCAAAAUUUGCCGGAAACCGCGGUCACCGGAGGUCGUGACAUAGAUGGGUCAACCAUCUACGUCGGCAGAGCUUUCCACGACGGUGACAUGAUUCCAGCGAAAGUAAUCCCCGAUAAAAAUAUCGCCUAUGUCUGUCACAAUGGAGAAGAACACCAGAAACAUGAUUUCGAAGUUUUGUGCAAAGGAGAAUUCGAAUGGGAGUUCUCCUCCAACGGAGCAAUCCCAGGCGACGCGGUGAUCGCAGGACAGACCUCCGAUGGAGAACCUCUGUAUGUUGGCCGUGUUCUCCAUAAUGGAUCCCAAACAGUUGGCAAGGUUCAACCUAGCCAUGGAUGCUUAUACAUCCCCUUCGACGGCGAGGAAUUGUCUUUCAAAGACUACGAAGUGCUCGUAAUUCAUUGAGUAUAAUAAAACUAAGGUUGUCAGUUCUUAUUAAUGGGAAUAGCAUUCUUUAUAUGAUAUGCCACAUAAUAUGCCAUUUUUUAUUGAAAUUGUACACAUUAAUCAUCUCUCAAAAUAAAUAAAUUAUUACCUGUUCUCUUU